AUCCCAUUUUAUGUUUUAUAGAUUACCGAGUCGGGAAACUUGGUAGUGACGGGGCGAAUAAGAGAAAUUGAAAAUCCAGCAAUUCCAAAUAUUCACGAACCAUAUAAGGAUUCGGAAUUCUCAAUGUUAUCUAAGAAAGACUUUUACAAAGAGCUUAGGCUGAGAGGAUAUCACUAUAAUGGUGCUUCCCGCGCAGUGACACUCGCGCGUGGAGAUGGUUUAUAUGGAAAAGUAGAAUGGAAAUAUAAUUGGGUAACAUUUAUGGAUGCCAUGUUACAAAUUGAAAUUUUGGGAACUGAUUCACGUACCUUGCUUAUACCAACAAAAAUAAGAAAAUUAAGGAUUAAUGGCUCUCACCAUUUUGACCUUAUGACUAAAAUGGAUCCUGAAAACAGAGUUUUUGAUGUUUACGUUGAGCCUAAAUAUGAUCGCAUUGUUGCCGGUGGUAUUGAACUAAUUGGACUACAUGCUAGCCCAGUUCAAAGACGUAAAGCUCCCGGAAUACCUGUACUCGAAAGAUAUCAAUUUGUUUCACAUUUUCCAACACCAACUCUGGAUAUAACAGAAGCAGUUCGUAUGUGCGUCCAGUUAGCCCUUGAAAAUACUCCAGUAUUAAAACUAAAAAUUGUGGAAGUAGGCGCGAAGAAUAAAGAACCGGUCGUAACGAAAUUUGUAGAAGCAGUUGAGGAUUUACCAUUGGUAGCAGGGGAUUUUCUGCUCUUCACAGAUCAACAAGUUGAUGAUAUUGCCGGUGUUCAUAUAGAAAAUGCAAAAUUCGUCAAUCAAACCAACUGCCAUUUUAUAAUUGCCAAUGGUCUAAGCCAUGAGGAAAACGUUACAACAGUAAAAGCAGCAUAUAAAAGUUUAGUUGAAAAAGGCUUUUUAGUUACAAGAGAAAAAAAAUUCAAGCCUACUCAUAGUGCAACAACUUUUGAAAAUUUCAGUUUAAUAGCAAAUAUCCGUUUGUGUGGUGAUGAGCAACUGUUAUUAUUGCAAAAGGUUGGAAAAAAACUGACAUUAGAGCCGUUAGUUAUAAAAAUUUCUGAAGAAGAUAAUGAAUUUGAAUGGAUUACCCAUAUUCAAACAUCUUUCAAACAAAGUUAA